AUGCGCUCGCACAUCGUCGUUGGCUCACACGUUACAUGUCGAGUUUUGAUUGUCCGAAGAAUUCUCCGACUUCGUCUUAACUUAUCGCAAACAAGACCAAUUUUAACUUAUCAUCAGCAUUCACACUUCGCGAUUCGUGAUUCCGCUCUGACUCGAUCUGAGUCAUGUGUUCGUGACGAGCGUCUCAAAACGCGCAUCACCACGCCGCCUAACUCACAAGUAAGCCACGGACGUCGCCUCGAUCCGAACGAGACUCACCCUCACCUCGGUAGCGUGACAACUGCAAAAGCCGUGUCUUGCUUCCGGUCUGAUCCCAGAACAACGCCAGAGACCGACUCUCCGGCAAACUUCCUACCCGAACGCGCCGGACGGGUCAACAUGUUCGUUGUAUGA